AUGGCAUCUCAAGUCCCAUAUUCUUCGCCAUUCACCCAGGCCGUGGUGAGCUCCGUGAGAAAGCUCUACCCCGAGGCGCUGGCGGAUAAGAGCUUCGACAACACUGGACUGCUUCUUGAAGCUCCAUUUGAUCCGGCGCGACGACAAAAGAACUCGGUGUUGCUGGCUAUCGACUUGACGAAUGCCGUCGCGGAGGAGGCCAUCCAGCGCCGCGACUCGGCCAUUGUGGCGUAUCACCCUAUCAUCUUCCGCGGCCUCAAGGCCAUUACCCUCAAUGAUACACAGCAACGAUCGCUUCUACGACUGGCACAACAUGGGAUUAGCGUCUACUCCCCCCACACUGCUGUCGACACUGUGCCAGGUGGGAUGGCCGAUUGGCUUUGCGACGUGGUGACCGGCACAUUCCAACCCAUCACGGCGCAACACCAUUCGGCAUCCCAAGGGUGCAACUCGACACUAUAUUCCGUCCCUACAUAUCCGCAGGCCGAAGCUGUCCCCACUGCAGCAUCAGCGGAUAAAACCCAGCAGAUCCCCCAUACUCGAUCCACGAUCCAUCCAUCGCCCGCAGCGUCGAUCCCGGAAGGAUUCGAGUCGGCCGGUGCUGGCCGGUUGGUCACCUUCAAUGAGAGUCAACCCCUGACGGCUUUGAUCGAUCACAUCGGCCGGGGCGUUGGUUUGCCCGGCGGGAUUCCCAUCGCCCUCCCCCAGUCCCAGUCGAUCGGUCACAUCCGCAUUCGCACCGUCGGCAUGUGUCCCGGGUCGGGCUCGGGCGUGCUUAUGCGUGGAACCGAUCUUCCCGAUCUGCUUUUCACCGGAGAGAUGAGCCAUCACGAGACUCUUGCCGCCACAGAGCGUGGCUCGGUGGUUAUUUCUCUGGCGCACUCGAAUUCCGAGCGUGGCUACCUCCGCGCGGUCAUGCAGAGCCAGCUGAUGCAGGAACUGUCGCAGCGCUGGCAAAGCGACCGACAGGCUGCUCUUCAGGCCAUCUCUGACAGUGCGAAACAAGGUGGAGCCGCCCCAUCCUCGUGUGACGAGGUUUACCAGGAUGGCGCCGUGGAGGUGUCUGUUAGCGAGGCCGACCGCGAUCCAUAUGGCAUCAUGGUGUGGCGGGGAUAA